AUGACGAACGACGAGUGGGCUCGUAUCAGAAAAGAUAACCAUAAAGAAGUCGAGCGCCGACGACGUGGAAACAUCAACGAGGGCAUCAAUGAGCUCGGGCGGAUCGUGCCGAACGGGUCGGGCGAGAAGGCCAAGGGCGCGAUCCUCUCGCGCGCGGUGCAGUACAUCCACCACCUCAAGGAGAACGAGGCGCGCAACAUCGAGAAGUGGACGCUUGAGAAGCUGCUCAUGGACCAGGCGAUGGGCGACCUGCAGGCGCAGCUCGAGGAGAUGCGCCGGAUGUGGGACGAGGAGCGCGUCGCGCGCCAGCGCGCGGAGGCCGAGCUUGAGCUCCUGCGGGGGCAUACGGCCGGUGCGGCUGCAGCUGGGGCGGCGGGGGGUGCAGGGAGCACAGCGACGACUGCGUCGGACGCUGCUCCAAAGGGGUCGCCAAAGGAGAAUGGCAAGCGCGGGCGGGAGGAAGGAGAAGACGAGAAGGGCGACGAUGAGGAGGUGGACGGGGAGGAGAGGUCGAAGAAGCCACGCGUGGGGUGA